AUGGCGGCGGCGGCGCUGAGCUUGGUGCUGUUGCUCCUGGCCAGGGUCUGGGCAGCCUCUAUGCACAGUCAAUUUGGUCCAUCUGCAGAAUAUAGAACACCAAACUGCGAUCAGUACAGAUUACCAGGAUGCCCCAGAGACUUUAACCCUGUGUGUGGAAGUGACAUGUCCACUUAUCCCAACGAAUGUACUUUGUGCAUGAAAAUCAGGGAAGAUAGUCAUGACAUUAAAAUAAUCCGAAGCGGACCGUGCUGA